AUGGUGUCGUGCGCGGUGUCGAUUUUGCUGACCGCGGCGGCUUGGUGCGCGUCCGCCAGUGCCCUUGCCGUCCCGGAGACCAUGACCUCGACCGUGUUAGCGAACGGCUCGUCGGCGACCACCGACUGGACCACGGAGUCCGUGGCCUCCGCUACGGCAAGCGCCACCGAAUCUCCGCCGACCAUAGUGGUGUACAACAGCACCAGUGGCGAAGACGACAGCAGGGACUCGAGGUUCCUGAGCUUCACGAUGGGCUCCGAUCAGGCGGCUGGCACAGCCACCAACUCUCUGUUGCAAGAGAAACAGGACGACCCGACCACCGAUCCUAGCGCCCAUCUGGUCGACAUCUACACGGACUGUCUGAUGCAGCUGUCGUUUCCUUGCGUCCAGCGCAAGUUGCUGUUGUUCUUGGACAAGCUUGGCAGGAUGAAAGGAUUCAGCGUUCUGGGUGAUCUGCUGUCGGUGGUCAGGAUCAAGAGGGAUAUGCGACCACCACUGAACGAGACCGACCUGAUGGCCAGACUUAACACCGUCGACGAACAGAGCGCCCUCUCUGCACUCAUGGUGCAUACCCUCGACCGUUUCAUCGGGUCACACAUUCUUCGAGUGACUUUGCCAUCUGGAAUCACGGCGGCACUAAAAGGAAAUGCUCGGUCCAUCGCCGGCAACACUAUAGACAUAAACUUGUCUCGGGCCAUCGGAGAAGGCCGAGGAAAGGGAAAAAAGUACAAGAAAAUGAUGCACAUGAUGAUGAUGGGACUGAUGGGUAAAAUGGCGCUCAUGGGUCCGCUCAUGAUGUUGAUGAUCAAGGUGAAGGCCAUUAAGGCGCUGCUCUUGAGCAAACUCGCGCUGCUGAUGAGCUUGGCGCAGCUGAUGAAGGGCAAGAAGAGCGGAGGAGGUGGAUCUGGCAAAGAAGUGAUCAUCGUACACGACAACCACGGGGGAGGCGGUGGCGGUGCCGCGGAAUAUGGUGCUGGGACAGCGGCUGGAUGGGUGUCCGGUCACACAGCAACAGGUUGGUCGACGGGCGGUGGUGCCGAUAGCUACUCGGCGGGAUCGCACAUCGGUGGAGGCGACAACACGUACGCCGGCGGCCAGGACUCCUAUUCAUCAGGCGCCGGAAUGCCCAGUGGCUGGGCGGGCGUCAACGGACACGGCGGCAGCGGAUGGGCAAGAAAGUCGAUGGUUCACGAACCACAUUGGGUGGCUUACCGAGCUUACAUUCCCACGCCCGAAGACGACCACGCCAACGAAAAAUGA